GGGCCGGAUGUCAUACACCCUUCGAGCCUUCCGCCAUUCCGUUGCUUACAACAGCCUCUUGGCUCUUUCUUUGAACGCAAUCGUGCAAUUGUUUCUCGAGGAUGGCGCCAUAAGGUAUCUGUACUGCGCUUUCCGUUUGAUGUUUAUUUCUGCUACUCUAUACGGUCUCUACCAUUGUUGAUCAUGAACGAACACACUCUGAAGCUUGGAAGAACUUGCUCGUUUCUGCUCAAGUAGAAGCUGG